UAAUGCUCAGAGAAAGAAGGAAGAGGCGUAGCCAGUGACUGUGGUCUGAGCAGCAGCUGCACAGAAGAUGAUUCCCAGAUUUUUCCUUUUGCUUUCGGCAGCUGGGCUGCUGUUUCUCGCCACAGCACUUUCCCUUGAAUGCACCAAAUACAAUGUCAGAACUUGCGAGGAAUGCAUCCGUUCCGGCCCAGGCUGUGCCUGGUGCAAGAAGCAGAAUUUUACAAAAGUGGGAGAACCAGAUUCUAUUCGUUGUGACACCAAGGAACAGCUCCGGCAAAAAGGAUGUGAAGAGAGGGACACUAUUUUCCCCGAAAGCUAUCCCACUUUGGCUCCUCCAAAUCCGAAGAAACAAAUCUCCCCGGAUGCGGUGACUCUGAAGCUAAGACAAGAUCAACCCGCCAUUUUUAAUGUGACAUUCACCCGCGGCGAAGAUUACCCAAUCGAUCUGUACUACUUGAUGGACCUCUCAUUCUCCAUGGCAGACGACCUGGACAAUGUAAAGAAACUGGGUAGCGACCUGUUGAAAGCUCUCAAGAAGAUCACGAGCCUUGCUCGGAUAGGGUUUGGUGCAUUUGUGGAUAAGACCGUGUUGCCCUUUGUCAACACGCAUCCAGAGAAGCUGCAGAAUCCUUGUCCGAACAAGGAGACCAGGUGUCAACCGCCGUUUGCUUUCAGGCACGUGCUCAGCCUCACCAAUAACGCCGAGCAGUUUGCGCAGGAAGUCGGGAAGCAGUCCAUUUCCGGAAAUCUUGACGCACCGGAGGGAGGGCUGGAUGCCAUGAUGCAAACUGCUGUUUGUGGGUCUAAAAUUGGAUGGAGUAAUGCCACUCGCUUAUUGGUGUACACUACAGAUGACGGUUUCCAUUUUGCUGGGGAUGGAAAGCUUGGAGCUAUCUUAACUCCUUUUGAUGGAAAAUGCCACCUGGAAGAAAAUAUGUAUAAAAAAAGCAAUGAAUAUGACUAUCCAUCCGUUGGCCAGUUGGUGCAAAAACUUGAAGAAAAUAAUAUCCAGCCCAUUUUUGCAGUUACCAGGAAAGUCUCCAGUAUAUACCGAAAACUCAGUGAGAUGAUCCCCAAGUCUGCUGUAGGAGAGCUGCAGGAGGAUUCCAAUAACAUCAUUCAACUUAUCCAGGAUGCCUACAAUAACUUGUCUUCCAAAAUCAUUUUGGACCACGGUCCCUUGCCAAGCUUCAUCAAAAUCUCAUAUGACUCCUUCUGCCCUAACCAAAUAGUUACCAAGGACAAACCAAGAGGGGAAUGUGAUAAUGUCAAGAAAACCGAUACGGUUACCUUCCAAGUGAAAGUUACAGCGACUAAGUGCGUAGACAACCAAGUCCUUGUCAUCCGUCCUCUAGGUUUCACCGAUUCCCUCACAGUGAAUAUAAGUAGUCGAUGCAAUUGUGAGUGUGAUGAGGAAAUAUCGGAUACCUCCGUCUGUAGCGGACACGGAAAAGUCGAUUGUGGAAUCUGCAGAUGCAAUCCUGGUUUCACUGGCAAGAACUGCAACUGCGAAACAGGAGGUAAAUCCAGCAGGGAACUGGAGAAGACUUGUCGAAAAGACAACGCCUCCGUCAUAUGUUCUGGCCUAGGGGAUUGUGUGUGCGGACUGUGCGCUUGCCACACCAAUGACGAUCCCAAAAAGCAGAUCUACGGGACCUUUUGCGAGUGUGACAACAUCAACUGUGAACUUCAUGAUGGUCGGGUGUGCGGAGGGGAAGAACGAGGAGGUUGUGACUGCGGGAAAUGUAAAUGCAAACCGGGCUUUGAAGGCAGCGCCUGCCAUUGCAGGAGUACGACAGAUGGGUGCGUGAACGAGAAAGGGAAUGUCUGCAGCGGCCGUGGGAAGUGCGAAUGCAACACAUGCCACUGCCGGAAUGGCUACCAGCGCCCGUUUUGCAAAGAGUGCCCAGGAUGUUCAUCACCUUGUGCCAAAUACAGUUCCUGCAUCGAGUGCAGAGCCUUUUCUAGUGGCCCACUGGGAAAGAAUUGCUCGCAAGCUUGCUCAAACAUUUUUCUGCAAGCAACGUUACCGUCAGGCAGCAAAGCGUGCCGAGAGAAGGAUUCUGAGAACUGCUGGAUCUCCUACAAGAUGUUUCAGGAGGAUGGAGAAGAGCAGUAUUCGGUGAUAGUCAAUCCAGAGAGAGAAUGUCCAGAGCCCCCAAAUAUCGCAGCCAUUGUGGGCGGCAUCAUUGCAGGCGUGGCUCUCAUCGGGCUCCUCCUCCUCAUUAUUUGGCGGUUUGUGACAGAGCUGAUUGAUCGCCGGGAAUAUCGCCGGUUCGAGAAGGAAAAGGCCAAGGCCAAGUGGAAUGAUGCUGACAAUCCUCUCUUCAAGAGCGCCACGACCACAGUGGUGAACCCCAGGUUCAACGGCCAGUAAAGAGGAACUGUAGCAGCACUGCAUAUCGCCAAAGCAAAAUGAUGGAAG